UGUCAUGCGAGGUCUAUAAUUUAUUUCCAUUUUAGGAUUAAAAUGCUCCCGUUCAGAGCUUUAAUUUCAUUAUUUGUGUGAUAUCUAACAUUCCCCUUAUCCAUGUUAAUUUUCAUGAUGCAAUCGAUAUGAUAUUAUGUACAAUCAACAUAACAUUUUUAUUUUUCAAUACAAGUUGAUAUCGAUGAUAACUUUUACUAGUAUUUUCAGCCAAUCAAUAGACCAACAAAAAUACAAAAAGUCCAUCAAGAUUCCAAUCAUGUUGCUUUGAGGGUGGCUUUAUUGCUGGAUGAUAACAAUUUGACUUGAUAGUUGCAAUAUAAUAUUAUUCUUGCUUCAAGACCACAUUCUCGCUAUGUUCAAUUUUUAAAGAAUACAAUACAAUUAUUUUUAUAAAUUAGAGAUUUUUUACAUCCACUCCACCUUUAUAAUUUCCAUAUUUUAGUCCUAUAUCGGACAUCAUAAAUUAUCUCUUCUAUUUUAAUUUGUAGGUACGUGGGGUGGUCGUCUUCCAUGCAUCUUGUAUCCGGUCAUCAUCUAGUUAACAAUCUAACAUACCAUCACCACCACCAAACAUGCAAACAAAACCAAAUUAAACUCCCAACCAUGCAUGCAUGCUACUCUAACCAUCAUACAUAUUGGCAAUUAAACCCAUUAAUUAUUUAAUUAAUACAAUUAAGCCAUGCAACCGCCUUACCGCCGGAACGUCCCUAGAUACCAAACCAGGAGAUCGUCGAGUGGGUGUUGUUGCAAAUGCAUAUGCUUCUUUUGCUGCUUCCUCUUCCUUCUCGUCCUCGCCUCGGGCGGCAUCGCUUUCUAUGUGUACACCGUCUACAAGCCCAAGAUCCCCUCCUAUAACGUUAACGGCCUCGACGUCAAAAACUUCGAUGUCCAGAAGGAUUUUAGCCUCAAGACCGUCUUUAUCGUCACCGUCACGGCCGACAACCCCAACUCCAACAUCGGAUUCAUUUACGGCAAGAACAGUUCUGUCGUCGUCACCUACGCCGACUCCAUUUUGUCCUCCGGGAAGCUGCCGAACUUCCACCAAGGAGCGAAGAACACGACGGUGAUGAAGAUCCGGAUGGAAGGGGUUAGCGAGUUCGGGUCGGGCAUCCAACAAGCUUUUCAAGAGAAUAAAGAGACCAGGAAGAUACCUCUGCUCGUGAUGGUUAAGGCGCCGGUCAAAGUGGUCUUGGGGAGCUUUGCGUUCAGGGAAGCCAUUGUUUACGUCAACUGCUCCCUCGUCGUCGACAAUCUCCAACCGGGGAAGAAGGUUGGCAUUGUGAAGUCUGAAUACUCCUUUGAUGUUUCCUUCUGAUGGCAAAUGCUUCCUGGACAAUCAUUUUUCUACCAUCAAAUUCAACAGAAUAUUCUCUAAGUAUGAUUAUAGGCAUGCAAGGAAAAAGUUCAUAAAUACAAAUUUUUUUAUAUGGGUGACAACUAUGGUAUCCAUUUAAAAAUGAGGCAUCGUAGUUAUGACUCACUUGACUUGUCCAAAUUAUCAUAUCAUUCUCUAUUUACAUGUAAAUUAUUCAACUCCAUCAUCAUGUUUGGUGCAUGUGGACAAAGGUAUUAUACAUUUGGUGCAUGUGGACAAAGGUAUGAUACGUUUGAUGCAUGUGGACAAAGGUAUGGUACGCACCUUGAGAUACCAUAGAAUCCUCCUUAUUUUAUUCCCAAAAUAAGAUUCAAUCACUC